UGUGCAUUUGAGGAUUUGUUGGCACCGGGUGGUUUGGUGGAGGUUGAGAAGAAGAAUGUGAAGAAGGCUCAGAUUCUGUAUGAUGCAAUUGAUGAGAGUAAARGGUUUUAUCGAUGCCCGGUUGAGAAAUCGGUGAGAUCGUUGAUGAAUGUGCCUUUUACGCUUGAGAAAUCGGAAUUGGAAGCUGAGUUUGUGAWAGAAGCUGCUAAAGAGAAGAWGGUUCAACUGAAGGGGCAUCGAUCGGUUGGUGGAAUGCGAGCUUCGAUAUACAAUGCUAUGCCUUUGGCUGGUGUUGAGAAGCUGGUUGCUUUCAAGAAGGAUUUCCAAGCAAAACAUGGUUAGAAUUUUGGGGGUUUAGGGUUUUGUUUUUGUAGCAUUUUGUUGUUGCU